GCGGGGCGUCGUCGGUGUGCGAUCGGUGUCUGCGUUUAGCGAAGGAGUGUUAUUAUCGCGAGGCUCGGGCGAAGAAUUAUGUCAACGGACGGACGACACGCAUUGAUGUCCUGGAGGCCAAGGUAAGCCAGUUGCUCACCAGCUCGGGCGCAGCCUCCACACUCGGUGCCGGAUCAAGCCCACAUGGAGACAUCAUCGACAAAGCCGUCCUCAGCAUGGAACAGGCAAACCGCCUCCUCCAUCAAUAUCGAACGAAAAUGGUACCCUACUUCCCAUUCUUCGUCAUCCCGUCACGAGCCACGGCGGAGGAAAUCCGUCGCGACAGACCGUUCGUCUUCCUCGCCAUCUUAGCCACGGCCUCCUACGAGUCGAUGCCGUUGCAACGACGGCUCGAAUGCGAAAUGAAAGAGAUGCUGAGCCAGUGCAUGAUUUUCGGGCGGAAGAUUACUUUCGAUACUCUACAGGGGCUUUUGAUUUAUCUUGCUUGGAGUCAAUACCAUGCCCGUCCACGACGGUACUUCCAACUCCUCCAUCUGGCCGUGAGUGUGAUUGUUGAUUUCGAGCUGGACAAGCCCCUUGCCUCACGUUCACAGAUCUCCAGGCUCGAGGUCGGCUCGAAGAGCUCCAGGGACAUCGGGUCGCGCUGGUCCUGGGGUGAGGAGGAGCAGAGGGCCGUCGUGGCUUGUUAUUAUCUGUCGUCCAGCCUGUCGGUGCUCCUCCAGAAAACCUGCGCAUUCGUCCACACAGACUACAUCAUCGAUUGCUGCCGCGCUCUCUCCAGAGACGCAGAGUACGCAUCCGAUCGAUACCUGGAGCAUAUCAUCCGUCUGCAGGCGAUUUUCGAAAAGGUUGACGCGUUGUCCUUCCGGCAUGCGUCUGAAUUGCAUCGGGAGGGUGCAGGGCUGGAGGAGAGAAUCGUACAGCUGCAGGCUGAGUUGGAGGCGUAUCGGGAUGCCCUGCCUUGUGCCUUGGAAGAUGACUUACUCCUCUUCUUCAAAUACCACACGGCAAACCUGUACCUCUGCCAAAUCCUCUUCUUCGACCACAGCGCCCCCACAACAACAACAACAUGGACCCCCUCACGCCUGGAAAUCCUCAACAACGGCCUCCUCACGUCCCGCACAUCCCUCCACUUCUUCCUCUCCCUCCCUCCCCGCACGGAAAUGUCCGUGACAAAUUCCCUCUGGGUCCAGGUCGGAUUCACACUGGUCACCGCGACGAGGUUGGCCGUUACUGCUGCCUCAGCGGUCUCUGCAUUAUCAUCUGAGCAGCCGUGUAGCCAUGCCAACACUAGCAGCAAUAAUGCUACUGCUACUAUUGCUAGGACUACAACCCUCUCCCUCCUAGAAAGCCUCGAUAUGCACUCCAUCCUCUGCGACACCACCGUUCGUCUCAGGGGACUCGUGUCCUCCGUCGCUGACGAAAAGGGUGAUCGCGAUUUAUGGUUCCAUACAGACAAAUGGUUACAGAGGGUUCGGGAGUGGUUUGAGCGUUCGUAUUCGGGGUUGUCGAAUGGGACUGUUGCUCAUACAGACGAGAUGGAUCCUUCACGGCAUGCUGGUGGUCCUGGUGGUCCUGGUCCUUCACAUGGGAGUCAUACACAUGGGAUAUCUGCUUUCUCGCCCGUUGGUGUCCAGCAGUAUGCGCCCUUUCCUGGUGGUUACUAUGAUGAUGCGAAUGCUAUGCUUUUCUCCGGGUGGUUUGGGUUUGGACCUGCGAUGGAUGAUGCGAAUUUGAUGUGGCUUGGCAAUAUGAAUGCAUAAUACCUGCAAUCUCCGAGCUCAAUCCUCAAUGCCCUUGUAUUAUAUUAAUGUACCUCCGUGCCUCGUUCCCUCGUCCAUGAGACAGUAUCGACCUAAGAAUAACCGCAAGCAGUCACGUGUAAAAUCGAUAUACAAGAAAUGAAGGAAUCGCAGCGAGAACAGUAGAUCAAUUCAUCUGCCCUGCUCUGCGAUGACUGAACAAGUACAUCAAGACAAAACCGAAACGCCACAUAUAAACACUUCCCCUGCCAAGAUUCUCUGGGCGAAUAUUUUACUCCCCACCUUACCCUGUCACCGACUCUCUGAUCGUAAAAGCAAGCACUUGAUCAAAAGCCCGCCCGAACGCAUAUGUGAGGGAAGAGGUUCUCAAACACGACGUAUUUUUGGAACAACAAUGGCAUCGGCAAAUAUGAUGAAAAAGAAAAUACGGAGGAAAAACAAAAAUAAGGAAAUAAAGAUCGACUGACGAUAGUGAUGACAACAAACAUAUGAAAUCAAGGAAUGAGACCCGUUCAAAACAUGGUAAAUGACCCAAAUCCUAUCCAUUCCAUCCCACCCAUCAAUGUAGCCUCGUACUUUGCCAGCCAAGCCCCCAUAACACCCAUGUAAUCAUGUAGAACCCAAAUAAAGAUCAAUUAAAUACUGGAAUCACACCAUCGAGAAUCGCAAGAUCAGUGGUCCCACUGCUGGCCUGUUACCGCGCCGCACUGGCCUAUGCUGAAUUCUUCCGAGAGCUCCUCUUCUUCUUUCUUUGCUUGCGCUUCUUGGAUGACUUUUCCUGACGCGGAAUAAAGUCUUCCAGCUUGAUACCAGCGUUGCGACAAAGGAAUCUGCAUUCGUUCUCGACUACCUCGACAUGCCUCGGUGUGAAACCGUAGAAGGCUGGGUUGUAUGCGUUGCGGGCCCAAUACAGGAGCUCGGAAGCAACACGUCCUAGGUUCGGGGUGAAGUGUGAGGGAAGGCAAGGUUGACGGCGCGGGGGUAAAGGCAGGUCCUCCUCGUCACCGGAGGAAAUGGUAGAGGCGGAUGACGUAACAGAUGGGGGAGCGGAAGAGGCUGGUGAGUCGAAACAUCUGCAGUCGGCAUCGGAAAAGAUUAUAUGGAGUAGGUGGAAGACAGCGGAAAAGCCGAUUAAGGUCAAUUCGACAGGGUCUAUAGGCAGCUGGCUAAACCAAGUAAUCGCUCUUUCGAUGGUGAACGACGGAGGCAGCGUAUCGUCCCCGGUGACGCGGGCCUUGAAAAUGGCAGCGAUCAUGGCGCAACGGACAGCAAUCGAGAUCUCCUCCCUUACGGACACCGGAAGAGACGAGUCAACAAAGUUGAAGGCCUGACAGCACGUCGCCUUGCCCUUGUCACUAGGCAGAGCAUCGAGCACUUGCCCGAUAUUAUCAAUCCGGCCGUUGUCGAAAAAGACGGCUUUCAUGACCAGCGCCCGCGUAUGGGCAGCGGAGGGUUUGGGAGCAACGUCAAGGGCAUGCUUUAUUUUGGCUUUGAAAAUGUCACGGCUCUUCCUCGCUGCGGGGCCACCGGAGCUAGCCUCGAAGUAUUUGAGGAUCGCGCGCUGCAGCAAGUGGCUAGACCAGAAGGAGGCGAGAGCAUCCAGCGAAGAUUGGA